GACUGCAGACAUAGUACAGGAGAUGACCAAAGACUGCAGACAUAGUACAGGAGAUGACCAGAGACUGCAGACAUAGUAGAGGAGAUGACCAGAGACUGCGGACAGUACAGGGAUGACCAGAGACUGCGGACACAGUACAGGGAUGACCAGAGACUGCGGACAUAGUACAGGAGAUGACCAGAGACUGCGGACAUAGUACAGGAGAUGACCAGAGACUGCGGACAGUACAGGGGAUGACCAGAGACUGCAGACACAGUACAGGGAUGACCAGAGACUGCGGACACAGUACAGGAGAUGACCAGAGACUGCAGACACAGUACAGGAGAUGACCAGAGACUGCAGACAUAGUACAGGAGAUGACCAGAGACUGCGGACACAGUACAGG